CUCAGUUGGCAUUAAGCUUUCACAGCUGACGGACGCGAAAAGGUUUCCCUCCAACCGGCAAAGUUCGCGUAUUUUUAAUAAUUUAUCAAUUCAGUAGUUCAAGGUGUUUCGCCAAGUACUUAAUUUACCAUCUGUACUUAUUGUGAUGAUUUACUAUAAUUAUAAAUCAUAAUAUUGUUCAAAGUGUGCCCAUAAUCUUCCAACAUUUUUGCUGUGCGUGGGACUUCAAAGCUUUGUGUGUUUGUUUAUGCAAAGCUUUCUUUUGGCUAAACGCGUGCUGGCUGCGGAGCUUCAUUAAGUGAGGAGUUGGCUGUUGGAUUUGUUGGCUUUGUUUGGACGUUGGCAACAUCGACGCCGUUAUGGAUUCACCUACACCGCCAAUUGUCAUCGAAGAUUCAAACGGUUCAGCAAUGGAUGCCUGUUUCACGGCAUUUGACAAAGACGGCGAUGAUCGUCUCAAUCUGUCUGAAUUUUCUUUAAUCUGCCGUGCCCUAUUCCGGAAUGAUAAAGGACAUAUCUAUGAUGUUCCACCGGAGCGCCUGGAGCAGAUCUUUGCCGUUUUCGAUACGAAUGGCGAUGGAUUCAUCGACAGGGAAGAGUUUAAAUUCUGCUGGAAUCAGUGGAUAAAAACGAUUGUGCGACCGGUGAACGCGUUCCUCAUUGUUGAUGUACAAAAUGAUUUUAUAAGUGGUUCCUUGGAUAUAAGUAAUUGCAGUGCACAGCAGCAAGGACACGAGAUACUGGAGCCCAUCAACAAGCUGCUGGAUACGGUGGACUUUGAUGCCGUCUUUUACUCACUGGACUGGCAUCCCAGCGAUCAUGUUUCAUUUAUUGAUAAUGUCAAAAUGCGAGCCAUGGACGAGUCGUCGGCGUUGGAUGCGGACUCUGCCCAGGUCUUUGACACGGUCAUCUUUGCCGGACCGCCGCCAAUGAAGCAGCGCCUGUGGCCGCGUCACUGUGUGCAGGACUCCUGGGGAGCCGAAUUGCACAAGGACCUCAAGGUGGUGGACCAUGGCAUCAAGGUUUACAAAGGCACCAAUCCAGAGGUGGACUCGUAUUCGGUAUUCUGGGACAACAAGAAACUCUCGGAUACCACCCUAAAUGCCCAACUGAAGAUGAAGGGUGCCACGGACAUUUACGUUUGCGGACUGGCCUAUGAUGUGUGCGUGGGUGCCACGGCUGUGGAUGCUUUGUCCGCCGGAUACAGGACCAUUCUCAUCGACGACUGUUGCCGUGGAACGGAUGUACACGACAUUGAGCACACCAAGGAGAAGGUGAACACCAGCGAUGGCGUUAUCGUGCACACUAAUGAGGUCAAGGCCAUGGCUGAGGGUCGAGAUCGCCGCCCCGAGCUGGGCUACAAGCUGGCAAUGGAGCUGAAGAGCCCCGACUCGGUUCUUUCGCAACGCAAUGGUUUCCGACCCACAUACUAAAUUUCGAAAAUGGAAAACGGAAAACCCAACAUCACGCUAGGCUUCUCUGUUCAUGGAUUCAAAAAGAUAAAGAAAAAGAUAAAAGGCUUUUAUGUAGUUAACGGUUAGAGCGUUUUCGAUUAGACUAGUUUAGAACACCUGUGAAGUGCCUCGGUAGUUGGCUAGCUUUUGCUAAAGACAUUCUAGAAUUGGUAACCUCUUUUGUAAGCCUGUUAUCCAUGUGGAUUUUACAUGACAUUACAGUACUAACCAUCUUGCCGUCGGAUAUAAUAGGUUUAAACAAAUGACGUUUAAGUAUUACAAAGCUCUCUCUAUAUACCCCAAAACCAGCACCCUUAAAUGCAAUUCCAAGAGCAAAAGAGUACUAAAAGGUUCUUAAUGUUGUGCGAUGCACCUGUUUUAAUUAAAAUUGAUAUUAUAUAUUAUACAAACA